UCCUAUGUAUUACUUUUCUCUAUGCUGCACUGCACGCUUGAGCCGUUGAGCCUGUGCUUGAGCUUUGUAAUUUGUAUCCGUUCAGUUUAACUUGAUUUUAGAUUUGUAUUUCACCAGUUUAGUUGUGUUGGAAAGCUUUGUUGAACAAACAUGUGUCUCAAAGGAAAUAACUGUGGCAUGAAACUGGAGACAGGAUCGCUGGUCUUCGGAAUCGUAGCCUCUGUUAUAAAUGCGGCAGCAUUUCUUUUCUUCAUCGUUUACAUCACAGGAUUUAACGUUGCCAACUCUUGUAGUGAAUACAGAAAUUAUGGUCAAGCAGGAGUGAACGUGGGCCUGGCUUUCGGGUUGAUGAAAUCGGCGAUAGCCUUCACGUUUUCUGUGUUACUCUGCAUUGGUGUCAACGAGAAGAAGACGGCUUACGUCAAGGCGUAUUUCAUCUACGGCGUGGUGGUGGUUGUGCUGUUGUCCUUGGCUGCCGUGGGCGUCGUCAUUUCUUUGGGUAAUCUCAUCAUUGGUGCGAUGGCAACUGCUGUCAUCGGUGUGUAUGCGCUGAUACUGCACAUGAUCAACCUGACUCACCAGAAGAUGUUGGCGGGUGAGGUCUACGGGGCCGGCGGGCACAGGCCUCUCUACAACGCUGACUGCUAAGGGACCAUAAACGGGUCUCGGGAUAGGCAUUUAUGCCCGUUUUCAUCAUCAAUCCCUAGUGUAAGUGACCCCUAUUUGAUGGUGAAAACGAGCAUUACUUACUUAUUCCUUUUUCAUAUAACCUAUAUGCUAUAUUUUCAUAUUACCUAUUAGCGCAGACCACCGACUUUUUGUCGGCCGAUAGUUGGGUCGGGCUGUAAAAAUCAGUAUGGACAUGUAUGAAUUUGCACACAUUGGGUUGUUUCUUCAUACAAAUUAGAAUCGGGCCCAACUAUCGGCCUACUAAAAGUCUAUAGUCUUUUUUAUAAGCGGCGACCUAAUUUGUAUUCUUUGCGCCGAAAUACUUUAAUUCGUUUAAUAAGUUUGUGUAAAAAAGAAUAUUUUUGCAAAUCCAGUUGAAUGAGCGGUUAGCCAGUUCAGAAACAUGUGCCAUUAAAACAAAAAUGCCCUAUUACCUACUCUUUAUAUUUUUUUAAACUCAACAAUACUCAACAUUUGACGAAAUGGCCGAUAAUUUAACCAUUUCUCACCGCGUUCGCCAGUUGGCGCCAGUGUCUUAGCCAAGUAAGUGAUAGGACCUUCAAGUGGCGCCAAAUAAAGAAUCUCAUUGAAUUCUCAUUGUUUUAGCAGUCAUAUAAUAUUUUGUGCCUGAUGCCAUAUUUUGUUUGUGUGACUGCGUAUAUCGCUCUAAGAAUGAAAAGCAUUCUUGACUAUGAUUAAACCUAGCUUUAGUUUCCUUUUAUUUAGAAGGUAUAAUUCGAUUGUGUUUGUGUACUAAUAAAUAAUAUGUUUUUAUA